AGUGCGGGGCUGCGGGCGGCCGUGCAGAGCCGAGAAUGGGAGAAGAGUAGGGCGUCUGAGCGGCACCCCUGGCCUCCUCGCCUCUCCUCUCCGCACCUCGCUCUCGCGGCCUGCCCGCCCUGCCGCCUGCUCGCCGCCUCAGAAAGCUCCGGUGCGUGGACCAGCCAGAGCCGGAGACCCACGAGAGGCGCGAACGCAACUCCAAAAGGAGAAGGGCUAAGGAGGGCAACCCCAUCGACACAGUUAUGUGGCUGGGAACACCUUCGACCAUGGCCACCUCAGCGAGCUCCCACUUGAACAAAGGCAUCAAGCAGGUGUACAUGUCCCUGCCUCAGGGUGAGAAGGUCCAGGCUAUGUACAUCUGGAUUGACGGUACCGGAGAAGGACUGCGCUGCAAGACCCGGACCCUGGACUGUGAGCCCAAGUGUAUAGAAGAGUUGCCUGAGUGGAACUUUGAUGGCUCUAGUACCUUUCAGUCUGAAGGCUCCAACAGUGACAUGUAUCUCGUCCCUGCUGCCAUGUUUCGGGACCCUUUCCGCAAGGACCCCAACAAGCUGGUAUUCUGUGAAGUCUUCAAGUACAACCGAAAGCCUGCAGAGACCAAUUUAAGGCACACCUGUAAACGGAUAAUGGACAUGGUGUGCAACCAGCACCCCUGGUUUGGAAUGGAGCAGGAAUACACUCUGAUGGGCACAGAUGGGCACCCCUUUGGUUGGCCUUCCAAUGGCUUCCCUGGGCCCCAAGGUCCCUACUACUGUGGCGUGGGAGCAGACAAAGCCUACGGCAGGGACAUCGUGGAGGCUCACUACCGGGCCUGCCUGUACGCCGGCAUCAAGAUCGGGGGCACGAAUGCCGAGGUCAUGCCUGCCCAGUGGGAGUUCCAGAUAGGACCCUGCGAAGGAAUCGACAUGGGCGAUCAUCUCUGGGUGGCCCGUUUCAUCCUGCACCGCGUGUGCGAAGACUUCGGCGUGAUUGCCACCUUUGACCCUAAGCCCAUUCCUGGGAACUGGAACGGCGCUGGCUGCCACACCAACUUCAGCACCAAGGCCAUGCGAGAGGAGAAUGGCCUGAAGUACAUCGAGGAGGCCAUCGAGAAACUGAGCAGGCGGCACCAGUACCACAUCCGAGCCUACGAUCCCAAGGGGGGCCUGGACAACGCCCGGCGCCUAACUGGAUUCCACGAAACCUCCAACAUCAACGACUUUUCUGCCGGCGUGGCCAACCGUGGUGCUAGCAUCCGCAUUCCCCGGACUGUCGGCCAGGAGAAGAAGGGUUACUUUGAAGACCGUCGCCCCUCUGCCAACUGUGACCCCUUUGCGGUGACAGAAGCCCUCAUCCGCACGUGUCUUCUCAACGAAACUGGCGAUGAGCCCUUCCAGUACAAAAACUAAGCGGACUAGACUUGUAGCCAUCAGACCCCUCCUAAUUCUGCAUCCCGCUCCUUCUCAACUGUCAUAAUAGCUGUAACUCAAAGGACGAAAUAUCAUGGUCUUUUUUUAUUCCUCAUGCCCAGUUAAUAUCUCUUGCUUUCUUGGGCCAGAAUAGAAGGGUCACAUUCUUAAUCUCCUCACCCCCCCCCUUUAUUUUCCCCUAUCACUGAAGCUUUCUAGUGCGUUAACGGGGAGGAGGGCGGGGAACCAUAACCACUGCUUCCACUUAAUCAGGUAUGUUUGUCCAGUAGGCAGAGCUGUCUGGACAGAGAGCAUAGUGUCUGCAGGGAGUGGGGAGAACGUUCUCUGAGUGGUAGCUGAGUGGGGGGCGGGGGGGGCUGGCUGUGAUUAGGUUAAGACUUCCCUUCUUGGUGCGAAGUCCCCUUUCUUACAAGGUUAUAACGAACUUUUAUUAAAAGUGAGAAUUAGGGGAGAAGGCUGGGUGAGAAUCAAGUACAAAAAUGCCCUCGAUCUCUUGGUGUGGUGCUUCCCUGGGGCUACACGCCCGGACAAGCUCAGCAUAAAUGGAUGGAUAGCCCUACCUUAAAAGAAAAAGUCCUUAUUGCUUGAUCCUCCAUUUAUAACACAAAGCAGAGUAGUAUUUUUAUAUUUAAAUGUAAAAACAAAAAAAUUAUAUAUAUGGGUGUGCAGAUGAAAUGUGUGUUUUUCCUAAGGCAGAAAAACCGUUCUGGUCACCGGGAACCAAAUUUGAGCGGAGGAGUCUGAUUAGAAAUAAGGAUCUCCUUUUGAGUCGGGGUGAGGGGAGGAAGCGGUGCCAUUGAAUAUUGGCAGUUCGGGGCUGUUACUCCCUCACUACCACCCCAGGGUGUCUCUGUGCCCUGCCCACCCUUCUGGAGGGGUGGACACUGGUCAGUUAGCAGGUGGAAAGCCCAUGAUAGCAGAAGCAGACACCUGAGCCCCGGGGCUUUGGUUUCAAAGACACACAUGUACUUGUACACGCAGGUUUGGAAAUAUGAGUUGGCUGGUCAACUUGAGCAUGUUACUGACAAAGGGGUAUUGGGGUAAUUUUCUGGUGGGACUAGCAUGUCACUAAAGCAGGCCUUUUGAUAUAUUAAAAAAAAGUUUUUUUUAAAAAGCAAAACAAGUUUAGAUUUUAAUCAUAUUUGUAGGGUUUCUAAGUCUUUGUUUCACAGAAUUGCUUGUUUGCUUCAGCUAUCUGUUCCCAUUUCUGCUCUUGGAAGAGACGGGGACAGGACUGGAGUCAAAACACUUGUAAUUUUGUAUCCUGGUGUCAAUUCUCUUGAGUGUGAAAUAUUCCCUUCCUUUGUUAAGAUUCCUGAGGAGUUAUUUUUUUCUUUUAUAAUAAAAACAAACCCCACCUUCAUCCCUA